GGGCGGGCCGAAGGCAAGCGUGGGCUGGGAUUGGUUGGGGCAGUGCGGGGAGGGGAGACGGUUGUAGGGCUCUCGGUUGUGCCCGAGCCUGUGCGGCCUGAGGGGCGCGGAGACUCGGGGAGGGAGACGGCAGCAGCAUGGCGGCCGGGUAUGAGCCGCCGAACCCUCCUCUUCCCCGCUGUCGCCGCCGUCGCCGCCGGAAUCGCUGGGACCCUUUAGUCUGCGUGUGUUAGUUUUAAGCCCGCUGCCCGCCCGUCAGUCCCCCGGUCCACCCGCCCUUCUUCCUUUUUCUGCUACUGGCAGCCUGAGGGUCGGGCGGGCCGGAUAACUCCCACUCCCACUCCCACCCCACCCACGAGCCCCAGGCCGGGGCCAUGGAGGACGUGAAGCUGGAGUUCCCCUCGCUCCCGCAGUGCAAAGAAGACGCCGAGGAAUGGACCUACCCUAUGAGACGAGAGAUGCAGGAAAUUUUACCUGGAUUGUUUUUAGGUCCGUAUUCUUCUGCUAUGAAAAGCAAGCUACCUAUACUACAGAAAUAUGGAAUAACCCAUAUAAUAUGCAUAAGACAAAAUAUUGAAGCAAACUUUGUUAAACCAAACUUUCAACAAUUAUUUAGGUAUUUAGUCCUGGAUAUUGCAGAUAAUCCAGUUGAAAAUAUAAUACGUUAUUUUCCCAUGACUAAAGAAUUUAUUGAUGGAAGCUUACAGACUGGAGGAAAAGUUCUUGUCCAUGGAAAUGCAGGGAUCUCCAGGAGUGCUGCCUUUGUUAUUGCAUACAUUAUGGAAACAUUUGGAAUGAAGUACAGAGAUGCAUUUGCUUAUGUUCAAGAAAGAAGAUUUUGCAUUAAUCCUAAUGCUGGAUUUGUCCAUCAACUUCAGGAAUAUGAAGCCAUCUACCUAGCAAAAUUAACAAUACAGAUGAUGUCACCACUCCAGAUAGAAAGGUCAUUAUCUGUUCAUUCUGGACCCACAGGCAGUUUGAAGAGAACACAUGAAGAAGAAGAUGAUUUUGGAACCAUGCAAGUGGCGACUGCACAGAAUGGCUGACUCGAGCAACAUUAGAGAGGAUGUGAAUUUCUGUUUGGGAAGGAGGAAAUACUAGAGACAAUAAUAAUGUAAAAUGGUAAAAACACAAGUCUUUUUUUUUUUUUUUU